AGAAGUCCGCGCGAUGGCUAUCAAAAUGGUUGAUGUGAUCACGGUUGUUUUAGUUUCUUUACUGUUUUUCGUUCAAUUUGUUAAAACUAUCGAAGUUACAACGGUUACAACGAAAACAAGCAAUGAAGGAGUCGGCUUCGAAGUCUUGCUCGCCAAGUUGGACUAUUUGGAGUACAAGUUUAUGGUGCUGGAGUACGAUAUAAAGGAACAAAACGAGUUGAUGGCACGGAAUCAAGCUCAUCUCGAAAAGAGCAACGAAGGAAUGGCGUGGAUGGUAACGCGCUUAGAUGAAGCACUUGGACGGAACUUCACACAGGUGUUAAGCCAAUCGUGGAAAAUUUUGCAGCAGCAGAAAAUUUGCACAAAUCACGAAAACUUACGCAAUGCUAUAUUCAACUUGAAACCCAUUAAGGGGCCCUCUGAUAACGUGCGGAUGCUUUUUGAUUUGCAUCAAUUCAAAGUCCGAGGUCCAUAUGACUCCUGUUCUGCCGAGCCAAGCAAAAUAUCCGGAAAGUAUCUACUGCAACCGUUUAUGGAGGAUGAACCAUUUGUGGGCUUCUGUGAGCAAACAAAAUUCGGUGGAGGGUGGAUGGUGAUCCAACAUCGGUACGACGGAUCACUAGACUUCUAUCGCAACUGGACCGAAUACAAACAUGGUUUCGGCGAUGCUGAUAAAGAAUACUGGAUUGGUUUGGAGUUGUUACACAAGAUAACUUCAGCAAAAGCUUACCAGCUGUUAGUUGAAUUAGAAGACUUUCUUGGAGACUUCAAGUAUGCUAAGUAUUCCGAUUUUGAAGUUGGCAAUGAAACAGAGAAGUACAUUCUGAAGAAAGUAGGUGCUUACACUGGAACUGCGGGAGAUUCACUGACGUAUCAUAAAGGAAUGAAAUUUACCACACUGGACAGUGACAACGAUGCCAAUGCUGCUAACUGUGCAGAGUCAAGUAGCGGCGCUUGGUGGUACAAUAAAUGUCUCCAUAGUAAUCUUAAUGGUAAAUACAUGAACGCAAACGAUGUUAGAUCAGUUAUCUGGUAUCAUUAUAAAAAUGCUAACUAUGGGUUAAAAUACAGCAGAAUGCUGAUUCGAGAGGUGAACUGAAAAAAAAAAUUAGUAAAUAUCGCGCUUUUUUAGUGAACAAAGGGAAAAACAAGUAUUCCAGCAUACAUUAUCACUAAAAAUUCAUGUUAAAAAUAUAUCAAAUGCAUAGAAUAACUUUGGGAUUUGGUCAUAUCGAACGAUCAAAUCAAUAAAUAUACUGUAUACCGAAUUUGUCAUGGUUUCUCCCAGCUGUUAAACCAAUGUUUGAACGUUUCUUAAUAAACGAAAAAAAAAAAAUAUCAAUAAACAGGAAU